AUGGCUACUAAAGUUCAAAAGAUUAUGGUCCAACCCAUAAACUUGAUCUUCAAGUAUCUUCAAAACAAAACACGAGUUCAAAUUUGGUUAUAUGAGCAAGUUGAUUUGAGGAUCGAAGGGCAAAUUAUUGGAUUUGACGAAUUUAUGAACCUUGUGCUUGAUAAUGGAGAAGAGGUGAAUCUUAAGAAGAAAACUCGAAAAUCCUUGGGUCGAAUCCUAUUAAAAGGAGAUAAUAUAACUUUGAUUCAGAGCAUCUGA